UGUUUAGCCCGACGUUAAUUAACGUGUGUCAUCCAAAUGAUCAAGGUAAUUAGUACAGAUGAAAUAGAUCACUAACAGGGACCUUAAAAUCGCCAUAACAUCGCCGGCAUUAAUCAAUAAUUACUGAUCAAUAUCAGUAUUGGCGGAGAGAUAAUAAUUAUCUUUCUGAAGCCCAUGGCUUGUCUUGUCUGUGUAUUCCUGAUAAGUGCUUGUGAAAGUUUAUCCCCCAAACGUACUUAGAAAGAGAGAUAUCGUCUCUACGGGGCGAGCGUGACAUUUAUUACUAUUCAAAUUUAUUACCGUUAUUCAGCCCCCACUUGAGACCGAAAUGUAGAAGUUCAAGGGUCGCUUGGAAUAUCGUUUUGGGGCGGCGGCACGGUAGCUGAACAAACUCGCGGUGGCAUUUCAAUUUUGCGGGGAUACCAGGGGUCAGUGAGCCCCUACCGUCGGCGUGUCGGCGGCUGUCUUUUCAUGCUGGCCCCCGCCGCUUUUCGUUUACCAGCACGUCAGUCAAGCCGCUGCGAAAACGAUUCUGACGGACUCCUCAAGCUCGAGCGGACAUCUGUUGAUGUUGAAGAGAGACAUGCCGGUUUCUACUAGUGAGCCCUCCUCGGAGAAAACUGCUGCUGCCAUGGGUUCGAAAUUUGAAAGAUCCAACUUUCGGUGGAUGGUGGCGACUGUCGUGUUGCUGGUUGUGUGUGUCGCUCUGGUUGUAGCGCUGGUCGUGGUACUGUUAACCGGUACUACCCACCGGGCCGACGGUGGAUCAUGUGCGGCGGGAUACGUCGUGGACCCCGCCGUGGACCCUGCCCGCCCCGGUCCGUUCAGCGAUCUCAGCAUUGAAGAGAUCGACAGCGUGCGUAACUACAUGUUGGCACAGGACAGUCUUGAGCUAACACCCUGGGAGCACGCCCUGAUUAGCGAUAAUUACAUCUACGCUAUAGAAACGCAUCUCCCAGCCAAAGACGACGUGCUCGGGUUUCUAGAUAGAGGAGGACCCGAACCAGAGCGGCGUGCCAAAGUCACCGUGUACGCUGGCAAGCGGACACCGCCCGUGGUGGAAGAAUACAUCGUCGGGCCCGUAACAAAUCCAUCCAGUCAUCAAGUCUACACCCUGAGCGGUAGAAAAUUCCCUAUCCCCUUCCACUCGCGUGUUCCCGAUAGCAAGGAAAAUACCAUCGUAAGCGCCAAGCUACGGGAGGUAUCCGAAACGGCUUAUAGAGUGUUGAAGGAGAGCUUCGACUCAUGGUUUCACAACUGCACGGACCGGUGUUUGACGUUCAUAGACACGGCGCCGAGAGGGUUUCGCAGCGGGGACAGGAAGACGUGGUGGUACGCCAUGCGGGGCCUCCAGGGGAUGACUCUGAACCCCGUCGGGUUCAUGGUCGAGGUCAACACGGAAGGUGCAGACACAACCCAAUGGCGGGCCGAGAGAGUCUUCUACAACGGACAGUUGUUCAACUCAGUGCAGGAACUUGUGUCAGGCUACAACCAGGGUACGAUCCAGAAGACUACCUUACCCAUGCCUAACGACGACAACACGCUGUUCUCGUCCUUUCGACGCAGAGGACCGCCACAGCCGUCCACGCCCCUUCGGGCGCCCGAACAGUUCGAACCGGACGGCAAGCGGUACAAGGUACGUGGGCGUCACGUGGAGUACAUGGGCUGGAGUUUCGACUGGCGUUUGAGUACAACACACGGUCCGCAACUCUUCGACAUUAAGAUGAACGGAGAACGCAUCGCGUACGAACUUAGUCUACAAGAGAUCGGUGCGUUCUACAGUGGCCACGAUCCUCUCAUGCUCAGCACUUUCUUUCUAGACACCGGUUGGAACAUGGGCUCCAGUCAUUUCGAACUCGUACCCGGCGUAGACUGUCCCACCACGGCGUCCUACCUUGACGUCGUGCAUCAAAAGGAUUCGGCGAAACCCCGAAUGUACAAAAACGCGGUCUGCGUUUUCGAACUGAACACGGGCAUCCCUCUACGACGCCACUACGAGUCCGAUUUCGAAGGUGGGUACCAGUUUUAUGGUGGUAUGGUCGAUAACGUGUUAGUUGUGCGUACGAUAUCUACAGUCUUCAACUACGACUACGUUUUGGACUUCAUUUUCCACCAAAAUGGCGUCCUGGAAGUGAAGACGAGCCUGACGGGGUACGUCAUGAGCACGUUCUACACUCAAGACGAGGAGAAUUACGGCUACAGGAUGUGGCAGAACGCCAUCGGUAACGUUCAUCACCACGUCAUCAACCUUAAGGUGGACCUGGACGUCGGCGGCGUCGAGAACAGGUACGAGACCGUCGACUUCGUGCGAGCCAACAAGACCAACCCCCUGUACCCGGACCUGUACCAUCUCCACACACAGGUGCAACGGAACACCAAAACAACGGAACGGGAGGCCGUUCUCCAUUACGACUUCGAUCGUCCGAAAUAUUACAACUUCUACAACCAGGGGAAGAGCAACUCGUACGGGAUCAAGAAGGGUUAUCGGAUCCAGAUUAACGCCCCGACCAAAGAACUCUUGCCGCGGGAGUGGGGCCCCAUGCGGGGUGCCGCCUGGGCCGACUACCAGAUGGCGGUGACCCGCCGCAAGGAGACCGAACCGUCCAGCUCGUCCCUCUACAACCAGAACGACCCGUACGAUCCCGUCGUCGACUUUGACAAGUUUUUAGACGACGACGAGAACAUCGUAGACCAGGACCUGGUCGCCUGGGUGACCAUGGGGACGCACCACGUGCCGCAUACCGAGGAUGCCCCCGUGACGGCCACCGCAGGUAACCAGCUCUCCCUCUUCCUAAGACCGUUCCACUUCUUCGACGAAGACCCGUCCAUGGCGUCCUCAAACGGCGUCCUCAUCACGUACGAUAAAGACUCCCAUGAAGUAGACGUCGAUAGGUUCGGUACGCCGUACGGAUCGAACUGUAUGCCGACGGAAACCGAUUUUGCGUACAACGGAACAUGGCCUCAAGUAACGGAAGACUAGAAAAGGGACGAACCCAUGCAGGUGCAAGGUACUGUAAAUCGUGAAAUGUUUGUAACAUCUUUUACUGUGAAAUCAAAACACCACGAAUUUUAUAUGUUUUCUAUGGUACUACUGUACUGUAUAUUUUUUUCAUUCAAACACAAAUUUUACGACACUGCAAAAAAUUGUUUUCCCCUCCUAAAACCACAGCGAAAGUAAAAGCAUUUACUGUAGUACAUAUCUCUGCUUGGGAAUCAUUUACUAGACAGGGCUGAAAUGUGUGUUUGUGUGAAAAAGACUGGAUUGUAUAUUCUCUCUAGCCUUAAAAUUGUUCUGUGUCUGUGUCUGUAUGAUAAUCUUGAAUGUAAAACUUGAAACAUUUUGGGUACUUCACAGCUCGUUGUGUCAAGG